AUGUCGUGCUACCCAGCCGAUCGGCAUGGGACCAUGUUUCGAGGACGCGCGCUUGAGGAAGGGGAUAUCGAAAUACUCAAACACUUUAGGAUUUCGUUUGGAGGAACGAACAGCAAGUCGAGAGAAGCAACAUACGACUGCUUAGACGCUCAGUCGUGCGUGAAGUUUUAUAGUGAAGAAGCUGUUCGCUGGAACAUAACUGAGAGAAAAGAAGGUUGCUCUAGUGGAGGGGUAGAAACUCGAGAGUUUCCUGUUUUUGGUGACGAGCGAAGAGAUGAAGAAUUUAAAGAAACUAUGGAAGAAACCUCUGUUGGAGCCAACGAAGAAACUUCAGUAGGGGGAGAAGCUGCACGACGUUUGAUAGGGCUAGUUGAUUUAUACAGUCCGCUCCGAUGGGGACCAGGCUGA